GGCCGCAACAGGUAACAUGCUCAGCUCAACCUGAGGAAGAGCUGCGGCCAUGCUUCGUGAUCCAAGGAGGCACAAUUUCGGAUAGCAUAAUAGAGUUUACACGCUUCUCUAAAUGGAGGCGACUCCUAGGUACAGUAGCAUACGUACACCGGUUCAUAAAUAACUGUAGGCGUGUACGUCGUGGAGAAAGGUUUGAGUCCUUACCCUUAAGCCAGGAAGAGUUGAGAAGAGCGAAGAAUACGGUGAUACGGAUGGUUCAACAGCAGGUGUAUCCAGAUGAAAUGGCCUUGCUUUCUACUGGACGACAAGGGUUACCUAAACGAAGUAAUUUAUACCAGUUGACGCCAGCGGUAGACGAGUGUGGAGUGCUGCGCCUAGACGGAAGAAUUGGAGCUGCUCCGUAUGUGUCAUUCGACGCUAAGUUUCCGGUAAUUCUCCCGAGAAAACAUCCAGUAACAAAGUUAAUCGUGGAGGAAUUUCAUCAGAUGUACAAUCACGGCAAUUCGGAAACGGUUGUAAACGAAGUUCGACAAAGUUAUCACAUCGUACGACUAAGGACAGUAGUGAAGCAAAUUGCCGCUUCGUGUCAGUGGUGUAAAGUGAAGAAGGCAAGCCCGAAGAUUCCACGAAUGGCACCACUGCCUUUGGCACGUUUGUCGUCGUUUACUCGGCCAUUUACGUACACCGGAAUCGACUACUUUGGGCCACUGCUAGUGAAACUAGGAAGGAGUGCGGUUAAGCGGUGGAUCUGCUUGUUCACCUGUCUCACCACCCGUGCCGUCCAUGUCGAGGUUGCCCAUAGCCUAUCUACGCCAUCGUGUGUGAAGUGCGUUCGUCGAUUUGUUUGCCGCCGUGGAGCGCCAGCUGAAAUCUACACGGAUAACGGCACCAAUUUUCAUGGAGCAGAGCGUAUGUUGCGUGCGCAACUAGAAAAAUUGCAUAUAGAUACGGCAGCGACGUUCACCAAUACGAACACAAAAUGGAUAUUUAUCCCUCCAUCAGCACCUCACAUGGGCGGGGCGUGGGAGAGGAUGGUUCGGUCGAUAAAGUCAGCCAUGGAAGCAGCUUACAGCAGUGAUCGGAAACUGGACGACGAAGGAUUGGAGACGUUAGCCAUCGAAGCCGAGGGUAUUGUCAACAGUCGGCCGCUCACCUACCUACCCCUGGACGCUGCUGAAGGUGAAGCCCUAACACCCAACCACUUUCUUCUAGGAAGCUCUAAGGGCGUUCGUCAACCCACAUUGCCGAUCAAUGAUCCUGCUUCUGCGGUGAAGAACUCAUGGAGUCUGAUACAACAUCAGCUCGAUAUUUUUUGGAAACGCUGGAUUCGCGAGUAUCUGCCAAUGUUGACGAAGCGGAUGAAAUGGUUCGGUGAUUUCAAGUCUGUAGCUGUAGGAGAUCAGGUCCUUAUCGUGGACGAAACCAGAAGGAAUAGCUGGAUACGAGGACGAGUCAAGGAGGUCGUGAUGGCGCAAGAUGGAAGAGUUCGACAGGCUGUUGUCCAAACUGCGAGGGGGAUGCUACGUAGACCAGUUGCGAAGUUGGCCGUGUUGGAGGUAGAGUUGGGUGGUAAAACUGGGACCGAUGGCCAGUGUUACGGGGGGGAGGAUGUUGCUGCCAACCCUGCCUGAUGGUGUGACCGCAACCGAAAUCAGUUGACAGUGCAAUGAGGAGGGUGCUAAUCGGGCUGAAAUGUCAAGCGAAUGUAAAUGAACAAUUGUUGUUGAGACCCUGAAGUGAAACGUGAAACGUAAAGCAUUAUAUUAUUGAAAUUAACUUGAAUUAGCUAAAACUUACUACUAUAUUUACAGAAAACUUAUAUCUAUUUCAUCAAUUUAUAAAAUUACCUUAAAACUAGUAUUAUCACAGUUGUUGCAGUUAUUAUCACAGAAAGUAAGUUAUAUACGUGAGAUACUCCUCAGUUCUAACCUUAAACUAAUAUCACAGAGAAAUAUUGGCUGGACGAACACAAUAGACGGACAUAGAAUAAUCCGGAAUAGGCUCUGAUACCGAUAAUUUUUAAAGCUGUAUUCGCACCAACACCCCGAGUUUGCGAUCUGCUAGAGAAAAUCGGCUACGAGCACACAUCGUUCUCCGAACAUU